AUGGCAUCGCCUUUCUUGUAUCUCCCCCUGCAUGGUGACGAGAUCCGCGUUCUGAAGAUCGAGCCUGCUAAUGGCAUAGCCAGCACUACGGAACGCUAUCCAAUAAUAAUCUCACUUGAGCACGUCUCUUUGUCCUCCGCGGAAACGAACGCGUCCUCAAAACAAUCCAAAGGGGUUGGAAGAACCUGGCCUGAGCUUUCUGUGACACCUGACACCGAUACGCUCUUCAAGAACGGCAAAGAUACGCAUGCACGCGAAGGCGACACACCCCUUACGACGGAAGAAAUGCUCGCUGCUGAAAAUGAUCUACCAUGGCGAUACGAAUGGGGCGAUUUUAUCGCUUUGUCGUAUGUAUGGGGUUAUCCAAAGAGAAAGGAAGAAGAGCCUCCGUAUCUCAUCACGGUCGACGGCGUUGCUUUUGAAGUUGGACCAAACUUGUACUUUGCUCUGACACAACUCAGUCGAAGUGCGAGAAUUCGACAAGGGUUCAAAGUCUGGAUCGACGCAAUCUGUAUCAAUCAGGCUGAUAUUGACGAGCGAAGUCAGCAGGUCACGCGAAUGCGUGAUAUCUACCAGUCAGCGUGGCAGGUUCUGAUAUGGCUCGGCCCCGAAGAGCACGAGAGCUCACUAGCUAUAUCCGCGCUCUACUGGUUAGCACGUGAGUCUGAGCUAGACAAACCAAUGGAUAACUUCUACUUCGAAGAGUUCUCGGUUGAUUUGCGGCCUCUGGUCAUUAUAUGGCCCAGAUACAAAAGUUCGAUGAAGAAGGAUGUUUACAGAGCGCUAUUUCACUUCUUCACAAGGCCAUACUGGCGCCGAAUGUGGAUAGUCCAAGAAGUCGCAAUGGGUAACAUGAACAGUCCUGUGCUCUGCGGAAACAGUUGUAUCUCGUGGAAUGAUCUCUACAAAGCUGUCGGUAUAGUAGCUGCCGACGAGUCAAGAUUCGGUCGCGAGAUUCUCGAAACUGUUCAACCACGGAUCUUACCAGCAUGGUCGUUUGAAUUUGCUCGAGACAGACUCCUCCAAGAGAGAACUUGGGCGCCGGAGCGAAUGUGGAAGAUUCAUCUGACCAUGACGGACAUCCAACACAACCAAAAGCUUACGUCUACAUCAACUGAAUGGGGAGAACUUGUGCGGGCACUAAAUCUUGCCCAUGAUGCUCUCGUUACGGAAGAGAAGGAUAGGGUUUACGGUAUUCUCGGUAUCAGAGCCGUCGCCGAGAGAGUUCAUAUCGAGCCGGAUUACAAACUCUCACUAUCAGCAAUCUACACCAACUUUACGGAGGAACUCUUGUCGAAAGGGGACUUGAACAUUCUCCGCCUAGCUUCUAGUCAUGGUGGAUAUAUUCCGUUCAAGAGAACCUCAGACAGUCUACCUCCACCUGUGCGAACCCGUUCUAUCGCACCAGUUUUACUAACCAUGCUUGAUACUGUUACGAGACCACAGGAAAAGACUCCUGUUGGGAUGCCUUGCGAGCAUAACCUUCCCUCCUGGGCAAUAUGUUGGUCCUGCUCGCCAGCACCAACUGCACAGCUUCGAGGAAUGUACCAAGCGGACAAAAGUCUUGGUUCCGCGAUGUCAAGGCCAACAAUUACACAUAUGGCUCUCACUGCCAAGGGUAUCUUUAUAGAUACCAUUACUUCACUGAGCGCAUUUCACGUGGACGAAUGUGAUGGCCGCUAUCCUGACAACACUUUCGCAUCUAGCUGCAGUAUCUACGGAGAUUUAGAAGCUACACGGGAGGCGCUCUGGCGGACCAUAGUGGCUGAUACGAUUGCAGAAGAUAGCGGUCGUGCACCAGAGAGCUACUCGUGGCUUCUCGAUCACAAACUAUGGCAAAGAGGCAUUGCUGGUGUAUACACAUACGGAUUCGGAUUAAAUGACUUUAUGGCACGAAAUCAGCAUCUUCGUCUAUGCGGUUAUACUCUGGAGCAGUUGAUAUUUGGGAAUAACAAAUGGCUCACGAAACUAAGGAUGGCUAUUGGCGAUAACUACUACAAUUCGACGGAGACGCAGCGGGAGGCUUUGUCAUGGGCGAUCAAUGCGAUGGCGUGGAGGAGGCUGUUCGCGACAAAGAGUGGCAGAAUGGGACUGGGAACUUGUGCGGCUGAGGUCAACGACAAGAUUGUCCUCUUGAGGGGUUGCGAUACACCACUUAUACUGAGAGAAUUCAACGGAGGUUGGAAGCUUAUAGGGGAAUGUUAUACGCACGGCGUUAUGUAUGGCGAAGUAACAGCCCAGGAGGACGAACUUGUAGAUAUCACGAUUUGUUAA